GACCCAGAUCUCACAUGACGUAGAUCCUCACGUGACCAAACGCUUACGUGAGCAGAAGUAGUUCUGGUCGUCGUCUACCGUCUCGCUAUAAGCCGUUUGAGGGAAGAAAGAGGAAAAUUAUCCGGUAUCGUUAGAGCUACACUGAAAUUACACUGAACCGAGCCUGCCAGCAAGAGCCCAACAGUCACCAUGAUGCUGAGCACAGAAGGCAGGGAGGGGUUCGUGGUGAAGGUCAGGGGCCUGCCCUGGUCCUGCUCAGCUGAUGAAGUGAUGCGCUUCUUCUCUGAUUGCAAAAUCCAAAAUGGCACAUCAGGUAUUCGUUUCAUCUACACCAGAGAAGGCAGACCAAGUGGUGAAGCGUUUGUCGAACUUGAGUCCGAAGAUGAAGUGAAAUUGGCUCUGAAGAAGGACAGAGAAACUAUGGGACACAGAUACGUUGAAGUGUUCAAGUCCAACAGUGUUGAAAUGGAUUGGGUGUUGAAGCAUACAGGUCCAAAUAGUCCUGAUACUGCCAAUGAUGGCUUCGUCCGGCUUAGAGGACUCCCAUUUGGCUGUAGCAAGGAAGAGAUUGUUCAGUUCUUUUCUGGGUUGGAAAUUGUGCCAAAUGGGAUGACACUGCCGGUGGACUUUCAGGGGCGGAGCACAGGGGAGGCCUUUGUGCAAUUUGCUUCACAGGAGAUAGCUGAAAAGGCCUUAAAGAAACACAAGGAAAGAAUAGGGCACAGGUACAUUGAAAUCUUCAAGAGUAGCCGAGCUGAAGUGCGAACCCACUACGAUCCCCCUCGAAAGCUCAUGGCUAUGCAGCGGCCGGGUCCCUAUGAUAGGCCAGGGGCUGGCAGGGGGUAUAAUAGCAUUGGCAGAGGGGCUGGGUUUGAAAGGAUGAGGCGGGGUGCCUAUGGUGGAGGGUAUGGAGGCUAUGAUGACUAUGGUGGCUAUAAUGAUGGGUAUGGCUUUGGGUCUGAUAGAUUUGGAAGAGACCUCAAUUACUGUUUUUCAGGAAUGUCUGAUCAUAGAUAUGGAGAUGGUGGGUCCAGUUUUCAGAGCACCACAGGGCACUGUGUACACAUGAGGGGAUUACCUUACAGAGCCACUGAGAAUGAUAUUUACAAUUUUUUCUCACCUCUUAACCCCAUGAGAGUACACAUUGAAAUUGGACCCGAUGGCAGAGUUACUGGUGAGGCAGAUGUUGAAUUUGCUACUCAUGAAGAUGCUGUGGCAGCUAUGGCAAAAGACAAAGCUAACAUGCAACACAGAUACGUGGAGCUCUUCUUGAAUUCUACCGCAGGCACAAGUGGGGGUGCUUAUGAUCACAGCUACGUAGAGCUCUUUUUGAAUUCUACAGCAGGGGCAAGUGGUGGUGCUUAUGGUAGCCAAAUGAUGGGAGGGAUGGGCAUAUCCAACCAGUCUAGUUAUGGAGGUCCUGCUAGCCAGCAGCUGAGUGGUGGUUACGGAGGUGGUUAUGGUGGUCAGAGCAGUAUGAGUGGAUAUGACCAAGUUCUGCAGGAAAACUCCAGUGACUAUCAAUCAAACCUCGCUUAGAGAAGGAGUAAUAAACAACAGCAACAAAUAACAGCCGUGCAUUUAUGGGAGUUGACUAGAAUGGGAAUGAUGUCAGGCAUAUCCAGUAUGAUUGGUAAAUGGGAAAUAUUGAUUCUGAUCACUCUUGGUCAGCUAGCUUCCUUUUCUUUUUCCUCCCUCCCUCCCUCCCUCCCUCUCUUUCUUUCUUUCUUUCUUUCUUUCUUUCUUUCUUUCUUCCUUCCUUCCUUCCUUCCUUCCUUCCUUCCUUCCUUCCUUCCUUUUGCUUUCUCCUUUUUUUUAAGAAAACAAACAAAAAUUAAGUUUAACGGUUUCGCAUUACUGGCUUGUGAUUCAUGCUUACUGUAAAGUGGAAGUCAAGAUUGUUUUAAAACUUCAAGCUCAGUAAUUUUGAACACUGAAACAUUCACCUAGGAUGUAAUAACAAAGUUCAGUAUUGACCAUAACUGUUAAAACAACUUUAAGCUUUCCUCAAGUUAGUUAUGUUGUAGGAGUGUACCUAAGCAGUAAGCGUAUUUAGGUUAAAGCAAUUUCACUUAUGUUAAAUGUUGCUCUUAUACCACAAUACAUUGAAAACUUUGGAUGCAUGUUGAGAAACAUGCUUUUCUGUAAAACUCAAAUAUAGGAGCUGUGUCUACGAUUUAAAGUGAAAACAUUUGGCAUGUUUGUUAAUUCUAGCUUUUCGGUUUAAUAUCCUAUAAGGCACGUGAGUGUACACUUUUACUUUUUUUUUUAAAAAAAACGCUCUGGGAAAAUUUUGAGAUGUAAUACCAAUACUUUAGGAGUUUGGUCAUGUCGUUUGUAUGAAAUUCUGAGGCUUUGGUUUAAAUCUUUCCUUGUAUUGUGAUUUCCAUUAGAUGUAUUGUACUAAGUGAAACUUGUUAAAUAAAUCUUCCUUUUGAAA